AGUCCGCCGCGAUAAACAACACCGGCCGGUUGUGGGGCGGCUCAGUCGCGCCUAGGCCGGUACGGACCGAGGAGGCACCGCCACGCACCAUGAACACGUCGGUGACGCUCUCGAGUGGGCAGCGGAUGCCGCUGUUGGGGCUGGGCUGCUCGCGUGCGUCGAGCCAGGAGGUGGCGGCCGCUGUGGAGGCCGCCCUGCUAGCCGGCUACCGGCACAUCGACACCGCGUACUUCUACCGGAACGAGGACGGCGUCGGAGAGGGCAUCCAGGCCGCCCUGAAGUCGGGCAAGAUGACCAGGAGCGACCUCUUCGUGGUCACCAAGCUGCCCAUGAUCGCCAUGCAGGUCAGCAAGGUGGAGAAAUACCUGAAGAGGUCGCUGAAACUACUGGGUCUCGACUACGUCGAUCUGUACCUUGUCCAUUCGCCGUGCGGGUGUGUGGAGAGAAGUGAGACGGACGUCUUUCCCACACAGGAUGGGAAAACUGCUGGUAGAUUGUUCGACUGACCUGAUCGCCGUGUGGAAGGAAAUGGAAAAGAUGGUGAAACUUGGCCUGACAAAAUCGAUUGGCGUAUCCAACUUCAACGCCAAGCAAGUU